UAUAUAAGCUGAAUAUCCGAAAUUUACGAGUUCCGAAGUUUUAAAAAAAGUUUUUCACUUGCAUUUGGAAAAAAAAUUACAUAUAUUCAUGAAUUUAAUUUGAAUAUUUUAUUUUAGAUCAAUUUGAAGUCUUUUAAUAUGAGUCAAAAUCUAACAACUCAUACCCAAAAAGUAAAAUUUUUAUAUAAAACUAUAUUGAAAUUGCAUCGAGGAUUGCCGCAAGAUAUUCAGCUAUUAGGAAGUAUUUAUGUUAGAGACGAAUUCCGGAGGCACAAGAAUUGUAAUCAAGCUGAGGCCGCCGUAUUUAUCAAUGAAUGGACUGAUUAUGCAAUUAAUUUAGGGAAACAAUUAGGCUUACGUGGUCCUAAGACCGCGAAGAAAAUUGGCAAACCGUUGGAUCCUACUUUAUUAGAAGGCAUGAGGGAAGAUCAAAUAGUACAAUUAUAUGAUUUAAUGGAAGCUGCACAACCAAAAACAAAAUAAUUUUAAUAAUGAAAAAUUGUUAUU